AUGAACUACGAAUUCCCCAAACCGCCACGCUCUCUGGCCGGCAAAGUGGCCAUCGUAACCGGCGCCGGUGCAGCAGGUGAUGGAAUCGGCAACGGCCGCGCCUGUGCCAUUCUGCUCGCAGAGGACGGAUGCGCUGUGGUUUGCGUGGACCGUGACCUAAAACUGGCUCAGCGAACGGUUGAGAUGAUUGAGGCUGAAAGAGAAACCACCACCACCACCACCAGCACGACACCACACAUACAAAAGCAAGGCCAAAGCCAAAGCCAGGAUGAUCCAGACACAGACCGUACCACUACUCCCCUUGCCAUCGCCAUCGCCGCAGACGUCAGCAUCGAAGCAGACUGCAAAAGAAUCGUCGACACCACCCUCCACCACUUCGGCCGGCUCGACAUCCUCAUCAACUGCGUCGGCAUUGCCGGGGCGCCGGGCACAGCUGUCGACGUCGACAUGACGGCCUGGGCGGCGUCAAUGCAAGUCAACGUGGCUAGUAUGGUCAUGAUGACCAAAUACGCUGUGCCGGCCAUGAUAUAUAAGCGUCCUAACAACAGCAACAGCAACACCGACAACAACUCCGAAACCGAAACCGACACUAAUCCCGACACAUCCAUAUACACCGAGAUUGAUCCAAACUGGAUGUAUCGCGGCAGCAUCGUCAACAUGAGUUCGGUGGCCGGCCUGAAGGGCGGAACUCCACAUUUGUUGUAUCCGACGUCAAAAGGCGCCAUUGUCAACAUGACCCGCGCCAUGGCUGCGCAUCAUGCGCCGCAGGGGGUUCGGGUCAAUUGUGUUUGUCCCGGUAUGGUGUAUACUCCUAUGAUGUAUGCUGGUGGAAAACAGCCGAAAAAGAAAAUGUCCGAAGCAGCCCGUCAAGCGAGAAAGAACCGUAGUCUGCUCAAAACAGAAGGGAAUGGCUGGGAUGUCGGCACGGCCGUGAGGUUUCUCGCAGGACCACAGGCGAGAUGGUUGACGGGGGUCAUUCUGCCGGUCGAUGCGGGUGCCACGGCAGCGGUGGGGACGGAUGUGCCUGAUUUGAAGGCGGCGAGUGUGAAUGGAUAG